GCGAACGAGUGGGCGCCGGAGCCGGUCGGCCCUGGGGCUUUCCCGCGUGCGCCGCCCGAGUGUGCGCCGCCCGGCGCGCUGCCCGCUGCGCCGAUCGGGCCCCGCGAGUGCGCCGCGUCGCCCAGCGCGCCGCGGCGGGCCGGCCCGGGCGGCGCUGCCCAGGGCGCGCCGGCCGCGCGGGCCGCCUCGGCGGAGGCCGCCGGCGCCCGGCCGGAGGGCCGCGAGGCUCCGCGGGCUUGCGCGUGGGCGGAGCCGCCCGGGUCUCCGCGCGGGCUCAUGUGCCAGGGCUACUUCGAGCAGGACGUGCAGGAGUUGGAGUCCCACCCCCCGCCCGGCUUCGCCGAGCAGACGGGGCACCAGCAGACGCACUCCUUCCAGAGUGGCGGCACGUACACUGGGCAGUGGCGCGGCAACCAGCGGCACGGCACCGGGGUGCAGCGCUGGCGUGACGGCUCCGUCUACGAGGGCGAGUGGCGAAACAGCCGCGCCCACGGGGCGGGUAGAUUCCAGCACGCGGACGGCGACGUGUACUGCGGGGAGUGGCAGGACAAUGCCGCGAACGGCAUGGGGGUGUACCGCCACGGCAGCGGCGCGCAGGACGCGUGGUUCACGGGCGAGUGGCGGGACAACCUGCAGCACGGGGCCGGCGUCGAGAUCUGGAGCGAGGGCCUCCGGUACGAGGGCGAGUUCCGCGCGGGCAGGAAGAGCGGCCACGGGAGGUACGUGUGGUCGGACGGCUCUGCCUACCUGGGCGGCUGGAAGUGCGACCUGAUAGACGGCUCAGGGGGGCCGGCGGACACCGGCGCGGACCGGCGGUGCUUCCGGGGCCAGUGGAGGGCGAGCAUGAUCCACGGCGAAGGCGCCUACGCCUGGCCGGACGGCCGGGAGUACGAGGGGCAGUACGUGGACGACCGCAAGUCUGGGUUCGGGCGGUUCCGGUGGCCCGAGGGCAGGAGGUACGAGGGGUACUGGCUGAACGGCAAGCAGCACGGGCUGGGGCCGGUGGAUUUCUGCAUCGACGGCUCAUCCUUUCAGUCCCUCUGGGCGCAGGGAACCAUCGUAGAUGAGGACCGGGAAAAAGACCGCCUGUGA